AUGGCAAAGGUCAUCAUCGUCGGCUGUGGAAUUGCGGGGCCAGUGCUGGCUCUCCUUCUCAAGCAAAAAGGCUUCGACCCUGUUGUCUACGAGCGCGGCCCAAGAGCGCCUGAUGCCGGGCUCAGUCUCAUGCUGCAGUCAAAUGGCCUCAAAGUGCUGGAUCUUAUUCCAGGACUCGUUGACCGGCUCCCUGGUCGGGCAAUCGAACAAACACGACUCUUCUCCAUCCUUCCCUCCGACCUGCGCCUCCUCGCACAAUCUGAAUCUGUCACCGAAAAGGGCAAAGUGAGCAAGAUGGGUGUAAACCGCCCGAAAUUGCUGGCGUUGCUAUCAGACGUACUUGAAGAGCACGGGAUACCUGUCCACUUCGAUACGGCAGUCAUUGACGUAGAGCUGUCCUUGGCUGAUGACGUGGUCGUCCAUUUGAGUAACGGGACUAUAGACUCUGCGCCACUAGUCAUUGGAUGCGAUGGCCUCCACAGUGCUGUUCGCAAAUCGCUCUUCGGCGAGCAAAAACCGGUUUUCACUGGGUUGACACAGACGGGAGGCGUCACCACUAACGCAUUUCCUGGUAUCCCACCCACCAUGCACAACUUUUACGGAGAUAAUUUGCACGUCAUCGCCUAUCCAAUAUCUGACUCCGGCGACUAUUCGUGGGCUAUCACCGAGCGUGGCCCCGAAGCGAAAGAAACCUGGCGCGCGAUGGACCAAGAGGCACAGAAUGCAUUUAAAACGGGACCAUUCUCAAGCCUCCCGCUUGGUGUUGGUCAACUUCUAGAGAAGGCACAGAAGAUAACCAAGUAUGGACUCUAUGACCGUCCCGCGCUGUCCUCGUGGCAUCAGGGCCGAGUCCUGCUUAUUGGAGAUGCCGCACAUCCCACCAGCCCCCAUCUUGGCCAAGGGGCAAACCAAGCCUUCGAAGACGUAUCACUUCUCUCCAACCUACUCGACGCGUCUGACCUGUCUCUGGCGACACUGUCCUCGGCCUUUUCCUCGUUUGAAGCAGAGCGCAUGACACGGACAGCAGAGCUUGUCAAUGCAGCACGAGAGGCGGGAGAACUCCGUGUCGUUGCGGGCGAAGAGGCAGCCAGGCAGCGCAAUGAGAAAAUCUCAGCUAGUCGUCGGGAAUGGGGAGGAAUCCCUGCAGCAUAG